AUGUAUUUCCCCAAUGACAACAAUGGAAGUAGAGUUAUGUUUACUAGUCGCCUCAAAGAGGUGGCUAUGCAUGCCUCACCUGAUUGCCAUCAUCAUUGUCUGCGUCCUCUCACUGAAGAAGAGAGUUGGGAGUUGUUACAACGGAAGGUGUUUCAAAAUGGACGUUGCCCUCCAGAACUGAUUGAAAUUGGGAAGCAAAUAACGAAAAGAUGUGGAGGGCUUCCACUUGCAAUUGUUGUAAUUGCAGGACUUCUUGCAAAGAACAUCAAGACACAAAAGUCGUGGAAAAAAGUUGCCCAAAGUGUAAGCUCAUACAUUGUUAGUGAUCCAAACCAGUACUUGGACACACUAGCACUGAGUUACAACCACUUGCCUCGCCACUUGAAACCAUGCUUUCUCUAUUUAGGAGCAUUUCCAGAAGAUCAAGAAAUCUCGGUGCAGAAAUUAAUUUGGUUAUGGAUAGCUGAGGGGUUCAUACAAAAAAUUGAGCAGAAAAGCUUGGAGGAAGUAGCGGAGGGUUACUUAAUGGAUCUAAUUCAAAGAAGUCUGGUAAUUGUUGCUCAAAAAAGGUUUGAUGGUCGAAUUAAAGCAUGUCGUAUGCAUGAUUUGUUGCGUGAUUUAUGCUUGAAGAAAGCCAGAGAAAUUAAUUUCCUAAAGUGGAUUCACAAUUAUGAAGAUUCUUAUCCUCCUCCUUCAAGUAAUUACAAAGCAAACAACCAAUGUCACCUGUGUAUCGAUUUUGACUUCUUGGAAAAAUGUGAUCAUGUUCUCUUAGAGUCUUAUUCCCCAGUAGUUGUUCAAUCAUUAUUGUGCUUCAGAAUUAAGUCUGGGAGAGAAAUUAGUUACGGUGACAGUCCGUUUGAUGAUGUGUUCUCGUUUAUUUGUUGCAACUUCAAACUUCUUAGAGUGUUGAACAUAUGGUACAUCAAUGCCUUCAUUUCAAGAGAAUUAACACAACUAGUUUAUUUGAGGUAUUUGGCAAUUAAUUUGAAAAGUUCUUGUGGAUUACCGCCAUCAAUAUCCAAUCUCUCAAACCUAGAAACACUUAUUAUUUCUACACAACGGGGUGAGGUUAUUCUGCCAUGUAAUGUUUGGAAGAUUCCAAAGUUGAGGCAUCUUUAUGCUAAAGGAGGAGCAAAAGUUGAUGUGUCUUUAUGUUCUAAAGAAGCAGCAGUGGAUCACAGCUAUCCCCAUGUAUUAAAAGACCUACGAACCAUCACAGACUUAGAUCCAUGUGGAUCUGUUCAGGAUUUUUUGGCAAGAACUCCUUAUCUUACAAAGCUGGGAAUUUGUGUACAUCUUUUGUCUGAUUCGGGGAAUUUGAUGUUUCCUAAUCUAGAAUUUUUAAGACACCUUGAGACUUUGAAGCUAGACAUCGAUUUUUUUCCCAGACACCCAAUUGCUCUCGGAGAGGUCAAGUUUCCUGCAAAUAUUAAAAGGCUAACCUUGAAAUAUACAGGGAUAGAGUGGGAGGAGAUAUCAGUCCUUGGGAUGAUGUUACCCAACCUUGAGCUUCUCAAAUUAGAAAAUGAUGCUGCCUGGGGACAGCAAUGGGAAACAACUGAUGGUGGGUUUCCUCGACUCAAAUUCUUGAAACUGAAGGAACUUGAUGUUGAGCGAUGGAUCACCUGCUCUGGUCCCUUUCCAAGCCUUCAACACUUAUCGUUGGAACGGUGUCAAUAUCUCAGGGAAAUACCAUCUAGUUUGGGGGAUAUACUCACUCUGCAGCUGAUUGAGGUAAACUUUUGUCAUUUCUCUGUUGAGGAAUCUGUCAGGCAAAUUAAGGAAGAGCAAGAGAGCAUUGGAAAUAAUUGGUUGAAAGUGCUGAUUAGGGAACAACCGUGGACCUUUUAG